AUGUCUCUCCAACAACUAUCUCGAUUGCUUCCAUUACCAGAACAGGAUCUCCAACAAUUUCUAGAGCACGCCGCAACUCUUGGCAAGCAAGAAGCCGCUGAACUCUUCAACAACCUGCUCGGAGAAUCGCCCCAAUCUAUAGAAUUUAUCUCCUCCUUCAACUCUCGGCGCGCAGAUCCGAACUCGAAACCACCAUCUACAGCUCCAGAAACAUCUGCAGCGCCUUCCAAUGUCCCGAAAAGUAGGCGCAAGCCGCACAAGAAGGCAGCGCAGCUCCACGCCCUCCCCGCCCGCAAAGUAGAGAACAACUAUGCCGCGCCAGGAACAGCCUAUACCAAGAAGGACGAAGACGACUAUAUGACCCGAAAGCCCAACUCAGGUGCCUCAAUACCCAACAAUGCCUUCUCCCUCGAUCCCAAACCCGCUGCCAUCCAAGCCCCUACGCUCAGGCCGCCGCCGUCCGCAGCCGGUUCCCUAAUAUCAGACUUCAAGUCGAAAAGCACGCCUGGCACUCGCACAUCGUCACCCGCUCCCUCCUCUUCCAAAGUUACGAAAGUGAACAUCACAGGCGGUACAUCCAUGCACGGCGCCUCGACCGUCCUCACGGAACUCGACGCCGCGAUCCGCUCCCUCGAGAUCAGCACCAACAGCUCGCUCCUCUUGCCGGUGGAAAAGCGCGCCUGCAACUGUAUCGGUGCCCGCCACCCCCUCCUCACAGCAGCACCCAAUUGCAUAAACUGCGGAAAAGUAAUAUGUGUGAAGGAAGGGCUGGGCCCCUGUACAUUCUGCGGCGAAGCAAUCCUCUCCGCAGUCGAAGUGCAGGGCAUGAUAAAAGAGCUACGAGAGGAGCGAGGGCGGGAGAAAAUGCUUCUUGAUAACUCGACGCACCGCCGCGCCGAAGUCUCCAAGAAACCGAUGGCGUUUCAGGCGCCCAAAGAAGUGCCGAUGAGUCCAGCCGAGGCAGCCGCGAAAGAGCAUCGCGACCGUCUGCUGGGAUUCCAAGCUCAAAAUGCGAAGAGGACGACGGUUCGAGACGAAGCUGCAGAUUUCGAGACGCCGGUCACGGCAGGUGCUAACAUCUGGGCGAGUCCGGCCGAGAGAGCGCGGACGCUGAAGAGGCAGCAGAAGGUGCUAGCGGAGCAGGAGUGGAGCGCGCGACCGGAGUGGGAGAAGCGGAGGCAGGUGGUCAGCAUCGACCUGGUGAAGGGGAAGGUGGUCAAGAAGAUGGCUGCUGUGGAGAAGCCGAGCUUUGAGUUUCGGCAUAGUGAUAGCGAAGAGGAAGCGGAGGAUGUUGCGUACCCGCUGGCGGAGGUUGGUGGGAAUGGCCACGGGAAGGGGAAGGGGACGUUCAGUCGGAACCCGUUGAUGAAGGGACUGAUCAAACCCGUGUAUGGAAAUGGAAAUGGGAAAGGGAAGGGGGCUGCUGCUGACGGGGAGGUGGUGCAGAAGCGGAAUACAUGGCGGAGGGUCCAAGACUCGCUCGAGGACAACGAGGAGAUCAUCCUUGACGGAGGAGCUUUUGGAGGGAGGGCAGGCGAUAGGAGAGAGAUUGACGAGCCGGCCUACUCGUGA